AUGAGGCGGCUGCGCGUCGGCAGCGCCGGCGGCAGCAAGGCGAACGCGAGCGGCGGGCGCGGCAUUGGGGCGCGGAUCCGCGGGGUGAACGUGGGGAUCCUGGACGAGCAGGUGCUGGCGCUGGUGUUCCGGGCGCUCAACUGGGACCCGCAGGCGCUGUGCUCCGUGGCGCGGGUCAGCCGCCGCCUGCGCGCCGUCGCGGAGCGCGUGCUGUGGCGGGAGCUCUGCGUCUCGCGCGCGCCGCGGAUGGUGUCCGCGCUCACCACGGGGCCGUCGGCCUCGUCGGGCCGCGUGGGCGGCGGGUGGCCGGCGCUGGCGAAGCUGCUGCUCUUCUGCUGCGGCGCGGCCGGGGCGGGCGUGCGCGGACACUUCGCGCCCGUGUCGCGCUUCUCCAAGACGUCCGGGCGGAGCUUCCUGUCGCGGCGGUGCGGCGGGGACCUGCUGUACGUGUCGGACCCGUGCGAGCACGCGGCGGCCGGCGCCGCGGCCGCCGACGAGGAGGACGUGGGCGCCUACCGCGGCGUGUUCCGCGGCUUCAUGCGCUCCCGCACGCGCGCAUGCCUGGUGGGCGGCCGCGCCCCGCUGGAGCCCCGCGUGCGCUGCCCCUACUGCGGCGCGCGCGUCUGGAGCGUCACGGCGGCCGGCCUCGCGCCCCGGAGCGCGUGCCGCCGGCUCGGCGCCCACGAGGGCCGCCUCGAGUACUUCGUCUGCGUCAGCGGCCACCUCCACGGCAGCUGCUGGCUCGCGCGCCUCUCCUCCAGCGACGGCGACGGCGAGCGCGAGCGCGGCCGCGGUGGCGAGGACACCGACUCUGACGAAGACGGGUUCACUGCCACCGCCGACAGCGACGACCGGCACAUGGAGCUGUGACGCGAAGAGCUUGUCUUAGCCACAUGAAAAUGUAGUAGAGUAGAAGCAUAUUCCCCGGCUUUUUCCCGUUUGUUUUGUUGGCUUUAUAUAAUCUCGUGGCUCCUGUAGCCUUGUUGCAAUCCAAUUUUGCACUGCCGCACAGCUGUUUGUUUCUUUUGGCGGUUCAGAAGUGACGUGCGUUGGUGCGGCGCGAGCUACAGACUUGCUCUUUCGAGCGACCUCUCGCGGCCACAACUUGCCUGAAAUAAACUACUUCCAUAGU